AUGCUGUCCGUUAUCCUCCUCGUGCUCCUGGAGCUAAGCCUGGCAGGCUCCUUUGCACCUGGAACUCCUUCCCGGAACCUCCCUGAGAAUCACAUCGACCUCCUGGGCCCAGCACUGUGGACGCCUCAAGCCAGCCACCACCACCGGCGCGGUCUGGGCAAGAAGGAGCGGGGCCCAGGCAUGCCCAGACAGGCCCAGGAUGGAGCUGUGGUCACUGCUACCAGGCAGACCUCCGGGAUGCCAGGGACCAAGGGGCUGCCACCUGGGCAGGGUCCUGCGGGUCUGCUGCGGGACAAGGACCUGCUCCUGGGGCUGGCAUUGCCCUACCCUGAGAGAGAGAAUCAACCUCCAGGGUGGGAGAGGGCCAAGAAACGUGGCAGGGAGCACAAGAGACGCAGAGACAGACUGAAACUGCACCAAGGCCGAGCCUUGGUGCGAGGUCCCAGCUCCCUGAUGAAGAAGGCGGAGCUCUCUGAAGCCCAGGUGCUAGAGGCCACAAUGGAGGAAUCUUCUACCAGCCUGGCCCCCACCAUGCUCUUUCUCACCACCUUGGAGGCAGCCCCUGCCACAGAAGAGUCCCUGAUCCUGCCUGUCACCUCGCUGAGGCCCCAGGCACAGCCCAGGCCUGAGGGGGAGGUGAUGCCCACCCUGGACAUGGCCUUGUUCGACUGGACUGAUUAUGAAGAUUUAAAACCCGAUGUCUGGCCCUCUGCAAAGAAGAGAGAGAAACACCGGGGCAAACUCUCCACUGAUGGUAAUGAAACGUCACCAGCUAAAGGGGAGCCAUGUGACCAUCACCAAGAUUGCCUGCCAGGGACCUGCUGUGACCUGCGGGAACAUCUCUGCACCCCCCACAAUCGAGGCCUCAACAACAAAUGCUUUGAUGACUGCAUGUGUGUGGAGGGGCUGCGCUGCUACGCCAAAUUCCACCGGAACCGCAGGGUGACACGGAGGAAGGGGCGCUGCGUGGAGCCUGAGACAGCCAACGGCGACCAGGGAUCAUUUAUCAACGUCUAG